AUGGUUAAAAGAAAGUUGGGGGCCUUGGAAAAGGUUGAGGCUGACUUGCCCAAUCUACAGCACAAAAUUCGCCGGGAUCCCAAGUCCUACAUCGAGGAUUUCCGCGCCCAGCACUACCAAUAUGAGUCGCAUCGUGAAAUUUUCAUGUCCGCGCCCACGUCGGCCACUGAUACCGGUAUUAUCUCUCUGCGAGAUUUAAUUGAUUUCAUUACCCAUGUCGCCGAUUGUUAUCCCGAGAUUCUCAAGGACUUCCCUCAGCAACUGAUUGAUAUGCUCAUGCAACACCAUUUGGUGCUGGAAACGGAGCUGAGGGAAAAAUUGGUUGGAAGUAUUGUUCUUCUCCGAAAGAAGGAUUGCUUGGACUCGUCAACGCUGCUCCACACCUUGUUCCCGAUUCUCAUCUCUACUCCCAGCAAGUCUCUACGUGCCCUGUUGUUCCAGAAAAUCCUUUCUGAACUGCGCACAUCCAACUCGAAAACUGCCAAUCACAAGUUGAAUCGUACCAUGCAGACCGUUCUCUUCAACUUAGUCACAUCAGACCGCACAUCCUCCAAGGCUCUCUGGGCGAUCAAAUUGACCCGAGAGCUAUGGAAACGUCAGAUUUGGACGGACUCCAAGACUGUUGAGAUUAUGAAGGAAGCUAGCUUGUCAGAGAAUGAGAAGGUCAUCGUUGGUGGAGUGCGCUUCUUCCUCGGCGGAGAUAAGGAGCGUGAGGAGAUGGAAGAUGAGAGCAGUGAUGAGGAAGUUGAUGUUGCUCGCAUCAGGCACCAGCUUGGUAUUAACAAGAAGACCAAGAAGAAGGCCCGUGUCGCCCAUAAGGCCAUGACCGCUCACAAGAAGAAGGAGAAGAAGAAGAACCAGCCUCAUCCCCUCAACUUUUCGGCGCUUCAUCUGCUGCAUGAUCCUCAGGGCUUUGCGGAAAACCUGUUUGCCAAGCACCUGCAAAAUGGCCGGUCUAAGCUCAAGCUGGAACAGAAGCUCCUUGUUCUGCAGCUAGUCUCGCGACUGGUCGGCUUGCACAAGUUGCACAUUAUGUCACUUUACUCCUACUUCCAGAAAUUCCUUACCCCCCGUCAGCCCUCGGUCACUUCUUUCUUGGCGUCAUUGGCCCAGGCAUCUCACGACCUUGUGCCCCCGGAUGUUCUUGAGCCUCUUAUCCAGAAGAUCGCCAACGAGUUCGUCUCCGAGGCGUCUGCUGGAGAGGUCGCUACGGCUGGUCUUAAUGCUAUUCGAGAGAUCUGUGUUCGUCAACCUCUGGCGAUGAACGAGACCUUGCUUCAGGAUCUUGUCAUGUACAAGAAGAGUAAGGACAAGGGUGUGAUGAUGGCCUCGAAGGGUUUGUUGAGUCUCUUCCGUGAUGUUGGCGCGGGCAUGCUCAAGAAACGCGACCGUGGUAAGGAGGCUGCCAUGGGUCUUCGUUCCGGCGAUAAGGAACAGAGACGUUUCGGUCAGGAAGAAACUGGAGGAAUCGAGGGUCUUGAGCUUCUGGAGAAGUGGAAGGAAGAGGAGCGCCGCAAGAAGCGACUUGAGAAGGGCCUCGCAUCUGAUGCCGAAGAUGACGAUGAAGAGGAUGAAGACAACUGGGACGCCUGGAACGUCGAGGAUGACGAUGAUAGCAGUGUUGAUGGAGAGUGGAUCAAUGUCGAGAGUGACGGUGAAAUCGACAUCAGUGAUUCGGAAGAUGAGGGCAAGGAUCGUCCCUCCAAGAAGGCCAAGCAGGAUGCUGAAAAGGCCGAGGAGAAGACCGAAGAGCCUAAAAAGGAAGAUGCCCAGUCAGCCUUCUCUAAGCUGGCAACCACUCGCAUCCUCACUCCCGCUGAUCUGGCCAAGCUUGCCGAGCUUCGAGCUCAGGCGUCCUUGGAGGCUGCUGUCUCUGGCAACAAGCGCCGUCCCCAGCUUCCUCAAUCGCGCCAUAACGAUGACCCCUUGACAGCCGAAGAGAUCGAGGGUCUCGCAGCUCUGUCCGCCGCCAAGCUCACUCGCGAGGAGAAGAUUGCCCACGCCAGGGAGGGCAAGACUGAUCGGGCCGACCACAAGAGCAAGGAAGCCAAGAGGAGAGAACGCAAGGAGGAGCUCGGAAAGAGUACCACCAACAAGGAGAAGGCUCGCAAGAAGAACUUCCUCAUGACCUUGGGUAAAGCCAGAAGCAAGAACAAGCGCAGUCUGGUUGAGACUCGUGCUGUGUUGAAGGCUCACCAUGACCGCAAGAAGCGUGGUGGAAAGAGAGGAAAUAUUGGUAAUUAA